AAGGGAGAAAGUUAGGGAGUCUCAAUGUUGUAUUGUGCGCCUUUAUAAGGAACAUCAGGAACAACUGUUUUCAUUCGUUACUUUACUCUCAAACAACCUCUCAAGUGGAUUGGACGACCCAGCGACACCAGCGAGUGCCCAUCGUACAACCACAGGCUCAUAACCUUUCUCAUCUUUCAAACUCUGCUUAUAAAGCUGCUCUUACUCUCUCCUUUUAACAACGCCAUUGUUAAUUUCUGCUGCUAUUCUUGAUACUUUAAUUUGUAUUUCUUCGUUAUUACAAUUUAAUACAACUUACCAAUCACCAAGAUGUCUGGACCUGUAAGCCAAUGCCGACAAAAUUACCACCUCGAUACUGAGGCUGGUGUCAACAAGCAAAUCAACUUGGAACUUUAUGCUUCUUAUGCUUAUCUGUCAAUGUCCUACCAUUUUGACCGAGAUGAUGUUGCACUUCCAGGAUUUGCUAAGUUCUUUAAGAAAGCUUCCGAUGAGGAGCGAGAACACGCACAAAUUUUAAUGAAAUUGCAAAACCAGAGAGGAGGACGAAUUGUCUUACAAGAUGUUAAGAAACCUGCCCGAGACUCAUGGGACUCUGGACUUCACGCCAUGGAAGCUGCUUUGGAGCUGGAGAAAACUGUUAAUCAAUCCCUCCUCAAUUUGCACUCAUUGGCUGGUCAACACGGAGAUGCCCAGUUUUGCGAUUUCUUGGAAAACCACUUCCUUACUGAACAAGUUGAAUCCAUCAAGGAAAUCAGUGAUUAUAUCACCAACUUACGACGUGUUGGAGCUGGUCUUGGUGAAUACAUGUUCGACAAGGAAACCCUCGGUGGUAGCAAAUCAUAAGGCUCAUGCUUAUCCCCUUCGGUGCCAUUAUAAUUAGGUUAAGGACACCAAACAGAUAAUCAAGAAAAAUUUAAAGAAUACCAAGCAGUACCCUCAACUCAAAAAGUCUGCUUUAAAUAUGCUGCAGUUUGAAACAAAAUAAAAAAAUAAAUUAAAAAGCAAUCUUAAACA